AUGGAGGACGCCAUCAACGCUCUACUGCGGUCACAAGGCGCCCUGCAGAAAGCCGUGGCGGAGCUGUGCCAAAAGUCCAGCCCGGCAACAAACCACCGGACGCCCAAAGACGUACUGCUGAAGCAGACCCCGGACGAUGAAAUUGAGGCCUACCUCGAGACCUUCGAACGGGCGGCUUACCUGGAGAAGUGGCCUCAAGGCGCCUGGGGCUCCCUCCUGGCCCCAUUCCUCAGCGGGGAGGCCCAGAAGGCGUACCGGGGACUGCCUCCGGCCGAAGCCCACGACUACCCCACCCUCAAAGCCACCAUCUUAGCCCAGUAUGGCUACAGCCUCCCCGCCAGGGCACAGCGGUUCCACCAAUGGGCCUAUGACCCCGCCCUCCCGGCGCGAGGACAGGUGAUGAGCCUGGGGAGGCUAACCAAAAGUUGGCUAGUCGAGGGCGACGGGCCGCCCCUGCUCGACCGGGUGGUGUUGGAUCGCUGUGUCCGAGCCCUGGCCCCGGACGUCAAGAAAUAUGUGGCCCAGCAGGGGCCCCGCUCCAUUGAUGCCCUGGUCAACCUCCUGGAGAACCACCAGGUGGCCCAAGAGAUGGUCAGGGGAACCAAAACGGAAAGCCCCCGAAGAACCCCAAGCGCGGUCCGACUGGAGCCACCAACCAGGCCACGGUGGAGAGCGGACGACAGGGACGAGGGACUCCGCCGGAGAGAGACCAGACGGUGCUUCGCCUGUGGCCGGGAGGGCCACCUGAGCCGGGAUUGCCCAGGGAGGGAGGAGUCCAUGGCCACUGCACCUGAGACGGGCCGACCCUGCCACUACCUCACCACGUGCUGGGCCCACAAGGGCACUGCCGCCCCUAGGCUACCCGUCCGGAUCGGGGGUCAAGACGCGGAGGCCUUGCUGGACUCGGGGAGUGCUAUUACCCUGGUGAGACCAACCCUAGCAGGGGGGAGACGGGGAGAGGACAUCGCCGUCACCUGCAUCCACGGCGACGUACGAAGCUACCCCACCGCCGAGGUAACCAUCAUCACCCCUAGAGGUCAAUUCACGGGAAGGGUGGGGGUAGUCGAGAGCCUCCCAGUGGAGGUGCUGCUGGGAAGAGACUGCCCCCUCUUUCUCAGCUACUGGAGUGAGAGGGCGACCUCGGAGAGGCCAAGUCACACACCCCGACCCCGCCGGAAGGGCCACCGGGAACCCCACCCGGUUUGGGUGGCCCCUGCCGGGGAUAGUGAGGAGGAGGAGAUCUCGCCCCAAGGGGGGAGGGGACCGACCACGCAACCCCCUACCGAGAGCACGGAUACAGCCCCGGAGCGACCGGACCCACCACCACCCCUGGAGGCGGAAGGGGGUAGCGCGGGGGGGUUUUCGGAGUUUCAACCCGAACUAGAGAGGGCCCCAACGGACUUCGGCUCCGCCCAGCUGCAAGAUCCCCUCCUCGCCCAGGCCUGGAGGGCCGCUGCUUACAUUGAGGGCGUCCCACAAGGCGGGGUGAGUAGACCGGCCUACCCGUAUUUUAAAGUCCAGAAUAACCUGCUGUAUCGGACCUGCAACAGGGACCCGGGAGAGCUGGACCAACUUCUGGUACCCCGGAGCCACACCUCCAAGGUGCUCUACCUCGCCCACACCCACCUGUUGGGGGCCCACCUGGGAAGGGAGAAGACGUAUGAGCGGAUCCUAUCUCGCUUUUACUGGCCUGGCAUCAAACGGGCAGUGGAGGACUACUGCCGACAGUGUGCGGAGUGUCAACUGCACAGCCCCCGGGUGACGUAUCGCAAUCCCUUAAUCCCCCUCCCCAUUAUAGAUGUGCCCUUCCGCCGCAUUGCUAUGGACAUAGUGGGACCCCUGCCCAAGUCCAGCCGGGGUCACCGCUACAUCCUGGUAAUCGUUGAUUACGCCACCCGUUACCCGGAGGCCGUACCCUUACGGGCCGCGACGGGGAAGAGCAUCGCGAGGGAGCUGUUCCUCCUCUUCAGCCGGGUGGGGAUUGCGGAAGAGGUCCUGACAGACCAGGGGACCUGUUUCAUGUCGGGCGUGAUGAGGGAGAUGUGCCGCCUACUCCGGGUCCAACAAGUGAGGACGUCCGUCUACCACCCCCAGACCGACGGGCUGGUAGAGCGGUUUAACAAAACCCUCAAGUCAAUGCUGAGGAAAAUGAUCACAACGGACGGUAAGGACUGGGAUCAUUUAUUACCGUACCUAUUAUUUUCGAUACGUGAGGUCCCACAGGCAUCCACGGGGUACGCGCCCUUCGAGUUGCUGUAUGGGAGACGUCCCCGAGGGCUACUGGACCUCGCGAAGGAGGCCUGGGAGCAGCAGCCGUCCCGACAACGCACCCUCCUGGAACAUGUGGAAGCUAUGGACCAGCGGAUGGCAAAAAUCUGGCCCAUGGUCCGGGAGCACAUGCAGCAGGCCCAGAAGGAGCAGGCUAGACUGUACAACCGAACAGCCCAGGUGAGAGAAUUUCAGCCGGGGGAUAAAGUCAUGGUGCUGAUCCCCACCAAUGAGUGCAAAUUUCUGGCCAAAUGGCAUGGGCCCUAUGAAGUAGUAGCCAAGGUGGGGCCAGUGAACUACAUGGUAAGACAGGUGGGCCGGAGACACCAGCUCCAAAAGUACCACAUUAACCUGCUAAAGAGGUGGCACGAACCCGUGCACGACCCUGCUCCCCUCUGCUUAACCACAGGCGGCGCCACCGGAACACCAGAAGUGGCCACGGGAGACCUGCUGACCGACCGGCAGCGCCAAGACCUCCGCGAGCUGGUGAGUCAACACCGGGAUGUGCUCUCCCACCUCCCGGGCCGGACUACCAAGGUCCACCACGACAUCGUCACGGAGCCAGGAAGGAGGGUUCGACUGCGGCCCUACCGGAUCCCGGAGGCGAGAAGGCAGACCAUCCGGGAGGAGGUGGCGAGGAUGCUGGACCUGGGGGUCAUAGAAGAAUCCCAAAGCGCCUGGUCCAGCCCGAUAGUGUUGGUCCCAAAACCGGACGGCAGUUGGAGGUUCUGCAACGACUUCCGGAGGUUGAACGAAAUCUCCCGGUACGACGCCUACCCCAUGCCCCGGGUGGACGAGCUGAUCGAGCGGCUGGGACCCGCUCGCUACCUCAGCACCCUGGACCUCACCCGGGGGUACUGGCAGGUACCGCUGACCCCCCAGGCGAGGGAGAAGACGGCUUUCGCCACCCCGGAUGGCCUGUUCCAGUACCGCGUCUUACCCUUCGGAGUGCAUGGAGCCCCCGCCACCUUCCAGAGGCUCAUGGACAACCUGCUGAGGCCCCACAGGGAGUAUGCUGCUGCCUACCUCGACGAUAUCGUCAUUCACAGCGCUGAUUGGGAAAGCCACCUCAGGAGGCUGGAGGCGGUGCUCGGGGCGCUCCGGGAAGCCGGCCUGACAGCUAACCCGGCUAAGUGUCGCCUGGGCCUGGAGGAGGCCGACUACCUGGGCCACACCGUGGGACGAGGGUGCGUCCGACCCCAGAGUCAAAAGGUGGACGGGAUCACCAACUGGCCACGACCCACCACCAAAAGGCAAGUGCGCACAUUCCUGGGCCUAGUGGGGUACUAUAGGCAGUUUAUACCGGACUUUGCCACCAGAGCGGCCCCCUUGCACGAGCUGACCAAGAAAGACCACCGGCACACGGUGACAUGGACCGAAGCCGCCGACCGCGCCUUCCUAGACCUGAGGGCCGCCCUGGGGAAUGAACCAGUACUGACCACCCCUAACUUCUCCCAAAAGUUUGUUUUGCAGACCGACGCCUCUGAAACCGGACUUGGUGCGGUCCUAUCCCAGAUCCAGGACGCCACCGAGCACCCGAUCACCUAUAUCAGCCGGAAAUUGCUGAAGCAUGAGAGGAAUUAUAGCACGGUGGAGAAGGAGUGCCUGGCCAUAAGGCGCAGCCGGACCGACUCCGAGAGAGAGCGGAGCCGUACAAAAGGCGAGGCGCAACCACAGAGCGGGGCUGAGUACGGAGGGAAACGGAGGCGAAGCCCAGUGAGGAGGAAACAGCCACGGGAAAGCCAAUAACGACACCACGGUGGAAGCGGGUCUUCGGAGGCCCUACCAAAAGGCGCCGCCGGCACGGACCACCCCGAACCACCGACGGACCGGGAAACCUAAUUUUUUGGCCGGUGACUUUUUUUUCGUUUUUUGAGAAAGGAAGUUUAUUGUUUGGGGACGUUGUAAAAGUGCCCUGAAGGCACACCAGAACCUCAUUAAAACUACCGAUUGAGGAACUACUCUUGCUCUCUCUGUCUCUC